AUGAGUGACGCUGUAUCUACAAGCGACGAAAAGACGUCAAAGGAUUCUACACAUCUUCAAGUAAAUAUAAACGAUGAGAUUGCAACUGUCCAGACAACAACAUGUGCAACAAAAAAGAAGGAGGACAUGCGCAAUGAAAGCACUGGAAUUACAGUUGGCGACUCGACUCACACAUUCUCUGAUGGAAAAACAAUUCAUUAUUCUGCCGAACGAAUUAUUGGCAAUGGAUCAUUUGGUGUUGUGUUUCAAGCGACCGUGGAAGAAACAGGAGAGAUUGUUGCAAUUAAGAAAGUAUUGCAGGAUAAACGUUUCAAGAAUCGCGAAUUACAAAUUAUGCGACAGUUACAUCAUGUGAACAUUGUGCAACUUAAACAUUGUUUCUAUUGUAAUGGAGAAAAGCCGGAUGAAUUGUAUCUUAAUUUGGUACUUGAGUACAUUCCUGAUACAGUGUACGGUAUUGCGAGACAAUUACAAAAAGCAAAACAGUACAUGCCAAUUGUACUAGUAAAGCUAUACAUCUAUCAGAUUUGCCGGUCAUUGGCUUAUAUCCAUUCGACAGGCAUUUGUCAUCGAGAUAUUAAACCACAAAACUUAUUGUUGGAUCCGACGUCCCAUGUGGUAAAACUUUGCGAUUUUGGCAGUGCCAAGGUAUUGCAAAAGAAUGAACCUAAUGUGUCCUACAUUUGUUCGCGAUAUUAUCGUGCACCUGAACUUAUUUUUGGUGCGACGGAUUAUACUACUGCUAUUGACAUUUGGUCAUUAGGUUGCGUGUGUGCAGAGCUACUAUUGGGCCAGCCGUUAUUUCCUGGUGAAAGUGGUGUAGAUCAAUUAGUGGAAAUUAUCAAGGUGCUUGGCACUCCACAGCGCAAGGAAAUUGAAGCAAUGAAUCCGAAUUACACGGAAUUUCAAUUUCCACAAAUUAAGGCUCAUUCCUGGAGCAAAAUCUUUCGCUCAAGAACGCCUCCCGAGGCAAUUGAUUUGUUGUCGAAAAUGCUGGUCUACGAUCCGAUGCAACGUGUGAAACCUUUGGAGGCCGCCGCGCACCCAUUCUUUGAUGAAUUGCGACAGAAAAAUCUGAAGCUGCCAAACGAUGUAGCCGCGCCUGCGCUUUUCAAUUUCACUUUGCAAGAACUUUCGCAAGUGGAUGUAAGUACACGCGAAAUUUUAGUACCAGUUCACGAGCGAAACUCAACCAACUGGCCGGUCUUAGAGGACGGCACGUGGCCUGAUGCGGCAGCUUGCGAGACUACGUAA